CAUAACCCAGGAGAGCCCAAGAGGAACCAGGAGGCAAAGCCUGCACUGGAGCAAUGAUGAAGGCUGUGCUGGGAUUCUUGUUCCUGCUUCUCAGCCAAAGGCAAUGCUGCUUGGGCUGUGCUGUGAGCGAGGAACAGCGCCCCCAGGUGGCUUAUCUGCUCAACAAGAUGAUCCAAUCAGCUACUGCUCCUGAAGCCCUUCCAAACCCUAGUGUCUUGUUGGCUCUUCAACUGGCUCGGGAACACAACAACAGCACUAACCAAAUACUGCUUCAGCGGAUUGCCCAGGAUGCAGUAGACAGGGUGCAGAAUGGAAAAUCUUUCUCUUCAGGCCAGGUUGCCCUCUAUGCCCUGGCUCACCAGGCUUCUUGCUCUGAUCCCCGAAAAGUAUCUGCCAAAGGAACCAGUCUUGAUCUGGUGCAACUAUUAGAAAAGAAGUUUGAGAUGGAGCUGGAGAAUAUCAAAAUCUAUGGCAAUCCUCUGAGCAACUAUUACCAACUUGGCUUGUGUGUUCUCACCCUCUGCCAACUUCAGGGUAGCUUCUCACUCAGCAAGACAGCAGACUUGUUCAUUCCAGAACAGAAAAAGUAUUACCUUGGUGGCCAGUUCUCUGUGGACAUAGCAUCCAUAGCAGUCCUCGCUCAGAUCUGCAUUCAGAGCACAGAUAACUCCACGCUACCCGAGGCAAAUGGGACUAUAACAGCAAAUAUACAGUGGCUGCUGAACAAAAUCCUGGAGCAGAAAAGCAGUGACGGAGUGAUCGGGAACAUGUACAGCACUGGGGAGGCCAUCCAGGCUCUGUCCGUAGCCAACGAGUAUCUCACCCCUGAAUCAUGGAACUGCCGGCAGACUUUGGACAGAGUCGUGAGUGAGAUACCUAAAGGCACUUUUGAUCACCCCAUGGCUGCUGCCCAGCUACUUCCCUCUUUGGAGGACCGCACCUAUCUUGAUGUGAGCACAAUCAACUGCUCUAUAGGGAAAGAUGAUCUCAUUCUGAUUGCUCUACCAACCAUCCCAUCCACUAAUCACCACCAGUCCAGCAGACUUAUUACAAUCAUGUACACGGUUACGGAUGGUGUGAGCAACACCUUCACUGAUUCUACCAGCGUCUCUGUUCCAGAGGGUUCAGUAUUAUUCAAGGUCAUGGAGGUUGCACAGGAAAAGGAUCCCAAGAGAUUCAGAUUCACAUACGUGAAUAGUACCUGGGGCCCAUAUAUCACCUCAGUGCGAGGCCUGGUGGCUGACAAUAACAAGCGGACCUACUGGCAGCUCUUGAGCGGGGAAACUCCCUUGAGCAAAGGUGCUGGGGAAUAUAUUGUGUCUGAUGGAGAGAGCAUGGUGGUAAAAUUCACCACUUACUGACCUCGGCAUUUGGGUCUGGGUUAAGAUAUAUCCAUUGUGUGAGGCACUUUUAGAUUAGUGCCUUCCACUUUAUAUAACCACCAUCCCUGCAUCCUACUGGGACAUACUGAAGAAGCAUUCAUGUAAAAGUGAUGAUUGUCUAGCUGUAUAAAUCACUAGCACCAUUUCUUCCCUCUCCCCACUCCCAAGCUGUCAGCCUUACCAUUAUGCUUUUCUUUGGUUUCUUUUGCUAACAUUCAAUUAGGAAGAAUUUUGAGGAAAAAUUCUGAUGUACCUGAACAUUUUAUUGCUACUUCUGGUUGGUCCUAAUUGUGUCCUAAGCCAUACAAGCAUUGUUUUGUGCUGUUGAAAGAUUAUCCUUCCACAACUAGUUGGCAGCAGGGUAUGUGUGUUCCAAUUGCUUAAUAUUAGUAUUCCCCAGAAAUCCAUCACUACAGACAAUAGCCUACCAUAUGUCUGCUGAGAUGUAAAAUUAUUAGAGAGUCUCCCUGUAGAUUUCCCUUUGGUCCUUUGUUUUCAUUCAAACGUAUCACGUCCUUUUCUAAAUCAUAGCAGGGAUGGGGAGGACCAUUUUUCACUCUAGUGAAAACAAAAAUUUUGUUCAUAAUUUAAAAAAAAUAGUUGGUAAUUUUGGAAAAUUCACUAUUAAAAUAAUUUAAAAGUAUUAUUUAAAAGGAGAUGUGGCUUUGGCAAUCUACAAAGUACUUAAGCUUCCCUUUGUCGAAUGGGAGAUACCAUAUGGGAGAAACAGGAAGUAGCACAUUAAUAUGGGAGCAUAAGGAAGGGAGGAAAAUUUUAAGGAGCAGAAGUCCUGAAAAACCUAAAUAGCAUUUUAAUAAUAGACAGCCUGGCACUGGAGCUGUAUUUUUUCCAAAAAAAUGCCUCCUAUCAGAUCUGAAAGAGGCAGAAAAAUGAAGACGAUACUGGAAUGCAACUAAAAUCCCAGUUCCCCCCACCUCUCACAUCCAUUCAUUGAAAUGCAGAUCUUGACACUUUCUCACCCCUUAAAUAAAUGCAAAUUGGCAAGUCAAAGGAGCCUAAAGUACUUGUUCAUGCAACGAAAACAGAGCUGAAUUGGUGCUUUGUCCUCCCAACUCACUUUCAGAUGCAAUCACACAAAAGGAGCUCCGAUGAAAGUGGCAUGCACAUGCGCCGAGCAAGACACAGCCUGCACAUAAAUUGAGGACCACACACAAAAUCCUGCAUUUGAGCAUCCCCAGAUAUUUAGUAAUGUGUAUUUCCACUUGGAGUGAAUGAAAGAUGACAAUGUGAUAGAAAAGGCUAGUCUGGAACCACCUGAUAUUCCUGUUUGCAAUGAACCAACAUGACUGUUAUUUCUUUUUGUCUGUUUUUAUGUCCUCAUGAAUAAAAUAAACUCAGGCUACAAUCAACUGUA